CUGCCCUCGUAGAGCCUCCCACGAAGAAGCACCAUGAUCGUGAUGACCGACAUCACCGCAGCGCCCAGGCUGGGCUCCACUGCCACCCCUGCAGCCGUGGCUCCCAACUUCUCCUGGAUGCCGGAGGAUGGCAGACCCACCGCUGUGGAGCAGCCCAUAUUCCUCAUGACCACCGCGGCCCAGGCCAUCUCAGGUGUCUUCGUGUGGACAGCUUUGCUCAUCACCUGCCAUCAGAUCUACAUGCACCUCCGCUGCUACAGCUGUCCCAACGAGCAGCGCUACAUCGUUCGCAUCCUCUUCAUAGUGCCCAUUUACGCCUUCGACUCGUGGCUCAGCCUCCUCUUCUUCACCAACGACCAGUACUACGUGUACUUCGGCACGAUACGGGACUGCUAUGAAGCCUUUGUAAUAUACAACUUUCUCAGCCUCUGCUACGAGUACCUGGGAGGGGAGAGCUCCAUCAUGUCGGAGAUCAGAGGGAAACCAAUCGAGUCCAGCUGUGUGUACGGGACUUGCUGCCUGUGGGGAAAGACCUAUUCUAUUGGAUUCCUGAGGUUCUGYAAGCAGGCUACCCUGCAGUUCUGCGUGGUGAAGCCCCUCAUGGCCAUCAGCACGGUCAUCCUUCAGGCCUUCGGCAAGUACCAGGACGGAGACUUCGACGUAACCAGUGGCUACCUCUACGUGACCAUCAUCUACAACAUCUCCGUGAGCCUGGCGCUCUACGCCCUCUUCCUUUUCUACUUUGCCACCCGCGAGCUGCUCAGCCCCUAUAGCCCGGUCCUCAAGUUCUUCAUGGUGAAGUCGGUCAUCUUCCUGUCCUUCUGGCAAGGGAUGCUCCUGGCCAUCCUGGAGAAGUGCGGCGCCAUCCCCAAAAUCCACUCGGCCACCGUGUCGGUGGGCGAGGGCACCGUCGCCGCCGGCUACCAGGACUUCAUCAUCUGCGUGGAGAUGUUCUUCGCGGCCGUCGCCCUGCGCCAUGCCUUCACCUACCGCGCGUACGCCGACAAGAGGCUCGACGCGCAAGCCGUUCCAUCAUACGGGCCAUACGGUCGCUGCGCUCCCAUGAAGAGCAUCUCCAGCAGCCUCAAGGAGACCAUGAACCCUCAUGACAUUGUCCAGGAUGCGAUCCACAACUUCUCGCCGGCCUAYCAGCAGUACACCCAGCAGUCGACGCUGGAGCACGGCCCGCCSUGGCGCAACGGGGGCCACGUCAUCUCGCGCUCCCACAGCUGCUCGGGCGCUCGUGACAAUGAGAAGACCCUCCUGCUGAGCUCUGACGAUGAGUUCUAGGAGGGGGAACAGCCUGUGGAGGCUGGAUUUUUUCCUCUCUUGCUAUUUUUUUCCUUUUAAUUUAUUGAAGCAGAAAUACGCAAGUCAUAUCACUUCCUAGAGAGUACAGAUUGCAGAAGUGGGCACUUGCCAUUAGCUUUUGUGGGUAUGGACACGAUGAGCAGUGUGGAGUUGGGGGAAUGGCCAGAAAUCUUCUCUGUCAGCCCAUUUCUUACAGCAGUUGCCUGGAAUUGGUUGAAGCAAAGGGCUUUGGCCUCCCGUUACCUCCCAGCUCGGUGUAGAGUGUGACUUACACGAGCCCAGAAUUGUGGCGAAAAACGUUUUCUUUCCAACUGGACAUGGCUGCUUUGUAUUCCUCUUUCCGARUGGUUGAUGUAGGCACAGCUUGCUUCCCCAGCUCCCUGGUCCCGACUUCACUGUGAUCCUUGGGAAAUGGGAUUAGGAUGCAGCGAUAUGAAUCCCCGAGGACCAGACCAGAGAUGGGUCUCUCUGUAGCCAAUGUCUUGAAUAGUCAAUAAGAAACACCUGCCAGCCCUAAAGCACCUGAUGGUGCAGGCCUGUACUCRAGGGAGAGGGCAAAGGACAGGAUUUUUUUCCGGUUCUUCCCACGCACGUUCCCUGCCUGAAGCUGGUGCUCACUGGAGCUCAGUGGGGGUGGAAUUGCUGUCUUAGGGUGUGAGGUUUCCUAAUUACCAGGUAUCCAAGCUUCUCAUCUUCCCUGUGUUCCUCAGUGAGGCGCCUCCCUGGAGCGUCUUUCCCCUGCUGAGGGGACAGAGGAUUGGCCCUGGUAGGUGGUAGAAGUGCAGCCCUAGGUUUGUAAAACUCUGACCCUUUGGUCCUUUGGGGAAAAGGAAGAUAGGGAACAAGAAGAUGUUCCAUCUUCUA